ACGAUAUGGAGGCGUACUGGCACGCGUUCGAAGCGUGGGCGACGCCGAUCGGCGAUGCGUUUCUCAACUUCAUGGACCCGGACGGUCUCUACAAGGCGUCGGCGAUUGCCUCGUGGCCGCUCGGCGAUUUUGCCAGCGCCCUUGCCAUCGCUCUCCUCUACGUGGCCGCGAUCAUCUUCGGUUCGGCCAUCAUGUUGCUCGGCUUCCCCGCCGUGAACACGCGAAUGUUGCAGUUCGUGUACAACCCGAUCCAGAUUAUGCUCUGCUCCUACAUGUGCAUCGAAGCCGGCGUCCAAGCCUACCGCCACCACUACUCGUUCUACCCGUGCAACCCGUAUGACGCGACGAACCCGGUGAUGGGUCGGCUCCUCUGGCUCUUCUACAUGUCCAAGAUUCUCGACUUUGUGGACACAUUCAUCAUCAUCGUGGGCAAAAAGUGGAAGCAGCUUUCGUUUCUGCACGUGUACCACCACCUCAGCGUCUUCCUCGUCUACUGGUUUCUCUUCCGCGUCUGCUACGACGGUGAAAUCUACCUCACGAUCCUCCUCAACGGUGGCAUCCACACGAUCAUGUACACGUACUACUUCGUGAGCUCCCACACGAGCAGCAUCUGGUGGAAGCAAUACCUCACGAUGCUGCAGCUCGUCCAGUUUGCCAUCAUGAACGUCCAAGGCUACCUCGUGAUCGCGAACGCGUGUCCCAAGAUUCCAUUCCGCGUCCAAGUCACGUACAUGCUGUACGUUCAGUCGCUCUUUUGGCUCUUCGUCUUCUUCUUUGCCAAGACGUACUGCGGUGGCAAGCCCCGCGCCAAGAUGGACUAG